AUGGAAGGUGUCGAAAUAAAGCUGUGCAUUGAUCCACAAAUCAAGCCUGUUCAGCAGCCGGUGCGGAGGAUCCCAGUGGCACUUGAAGAUAAAGUUGCAGCGAAGCUGGAUGAAGCUUUGAGGCGAGACAUUAUUGAAUCUGUUACGAGUCCGAGUCGAUGGAUCUCCCCAAUUGUCCUGGCGUUUAAGGAGAAUGGCGAUAUUCGACUCUGCGUGGAUAUGCGUCUGGCGAACAAGGCAAUUCGUCGAGAAAUGUAUCCAUUACCAACAUUUGAAUCUUUUAUGACCAAACUUAAAGGUGCACGAUUCUUUUCGCGCUUAGACUUGAAAGACGCUUAUCAUCAGCUGGAACUGGAUGAAGACAGCAGGGAAAUCACAACCUUUAUAACACCAAUGGGACUUUUUCGAUAUAAAAGACUGAUGUUCGGAGUAAAUUCUGCUCCAGAAAUUUUUCAACGUCAUCUCGAGCAGCUGUUAGUAGAUUUUCGAAAUGUUAUGAACUACAUCGACGACGUUAUUAUCUUCGGAGAAAGUCAAGAGGAACAUGACAAAACCGUAAGAGAUGUCUGCAAGGUAUUCAGGGAAAACAACGUACUGCUUAAUGACCAAAAAUGCGUUUGGAAAAGCAAAAAACUUAAAUUUCUUGGCCACAUUCUAUCCGAUAGAGGCAUUGAAGUCGAUCCCGAUAAAGUUGAUGCUAUUAAAGCAUUUCGAGAGCCAAUCAAUAAAGAGGAGAUACGAAGUUUUCUCGGUCUGGUGACAGAAACCGAAUACAGUAUCCUGCAUAUCAUCGAAAACAGUAUUCCAAAAUCGAUGACCAUCUCGGAAAUUGCUAAGGACUCGGUGAAAGACGAAGAAAUCAUUGAUGCGAUGGCCUGUGUAGAGAACGACGAGUGGAAAUCGGAGUCCCCAAAGCAAUUUUAUCCAUUCCGGUAUGAGUUGUCAACAAUAGGACCUCUCCUUCUGCGUGGUAAUCGUAUCGUUAUUCCAACAUCACUUCGAAAUCGGAUUCUUGAGCUGGCUCAUGAAGGGCACCCAGGAGAAUCGGCCAUGAAAAGGCGGAACGUGUCCCAUGUCAAGAAGAUUCCAAUAACGACAAGCGAGGCAACGGCAUCUGUAAUUUCUCCUUUAGGUAACGCUCGAGAUAAUAGGACAUCGGUACAGGACUACCAGGAAGAUGGGGAAAACAAGGAACAUCGAACGGAGCGGUUGGCGGAAAGUUUACAUCAACCGUUGAAGCUGAAACUUGUUAAUAAAGGAGGGAUGUGGGAAUCUGCACAGAGCAGCGAGAUCGCCAAGGAGAGCGACGAUGCUAGCAUUGGACACGAGCGAUGA